AGUAUGUAAGUACCAUUUAUACUACAUACAACAUGAAAGUAGCAUGUAUAUACGUUAAAACAUAAUAAUGCUGUAUCAUAGAAGUAAAAAUUUAGUUAAAUAUUAAAGUGCGCAUAAUUUAAGGUGUUCAGAAAUUUACAUGAAACGAUAUAUCAAUAGGUGCCUAUUAUAACAUAUUUAUAAAUUACUAUCUUUUAGUAAUUAUGAUAUGCCAAUAUCUAAAAAUUUCUGUCAUUCACAAAUAAACAAACAAAUGAAUAUUAUUAUCGGCUAUAAGCAUAUAUGAUAUUUAAAGUAUUUAUUUAAUGGUUAAUAACAGUCAACAAAAGUAGCUACAAGAAUACUUCCAGCCUAUAAUUGACUGCAGUAUCUAUGGAAAAUGGUGGAUAUAAAAAAUAAUAUAAAUAAAUCAUACGAGUCUAAUCAUGAAUCAAGAACCAGAAUUAACAGUUCUGAUACUGUGCCAUCAACACCUUCUUCGUCGUCUGAUUAUAUGACAGGAGAAGCAGAUGAUAGUUCAGACAGUAAAGCUGCUAUACCUUUUAGUUUAAAAUCAGUGGAAACUAUACUUUCAUUAUCUAAGGCUACUUCUGAAGAAUAUCUUAAAGAUAUGAUAGAAAAAUGUAAGCAAAUGGUCUUAGAAAGUGCAGAAUGUUCUGAUGAGCGAAAAUGGCUUGUUAGACGAUUAAUUGAAUUACGCUUAAGAGUACAAGAAUUAAGAGAGACAUCAGAAGAAAAUUUGCUUGAAACAGAAGUCAUUUUAGGACAUCAUUUAGUACCACAAAAAUAUUAUAUAACUACUUCUGGGCCUGUAUAUUGUGAUCAUUGUAGUGGAGCUAUUUGGACCAUGCUCCAAUCAUGGUAUAUGUGUAGCGAUUGCAAAUUUUGUUGCCAUUGGAAAUGUCUAAAUAAUAUAUGUAGAGUGUGUGUUCAUGUAGUUGCUAGUGAAGCUGGUGGUUAUACUUACACAAAAGAUAUUUGUCCUGAACAGGGUUUAUCAAGUCAGAAAUACAGAUGUGCUGAAUGCAAAGUUCAAAUAACAUUUACUUUCUCAAAAGGACUAUCUUUAUCUUGUUUUGGCAGUCCAUUUAAAAAUACAGAAUCAGCAUGGAUUGAACCCCGUCUUUGUGACUAUAGUGGAUUGUAUUAUUGCCAAAGAUGUCAUUGGAACACUGCAAUGGUAAUUCCUGCAAGAGUGAUUAGAAAUUGGGACAUGGAACCAAGAUUUGUUUCUCGUGCCGCUGCACAGCUUUUAACACUUUUAGAAGAACGUUCUGUUCUGUUACUUGAAGAAUUAAAUCCGAAAUUAUUUACUUUAGUUCCAGAUCUCUCUGUAGUGAAGAGGAUGCGGGAGGAAAUGCAGAUGAUGAAACAUUACUUAGUUUUAUGUCCAGAAGCUAAUAAACAAGGAUUACCAUGGAAAAUUGGAAUACGCACUCAUAUGAUAGAAAACUCGGGAAAUUAUUCGAUUAAAGAUCUCGUUGAUCUUAAUAAUGGAGUACUUUUGGAAGAAAUUCGUACUGUGUAUGAUACUAUGCACACUCACAUCACAGAACAGUGCGAAUUAUGCAAAGCGAGAGGUCAUUUAUGCGAAUUGUGUGGUAAUGAUGAAAUUAUAUACCCGUGGAAUGCAAGUUCUAUCACUUGUCGUCAGUGCUCGGCUGUUCAUCAUCGUGCAUGUUGGUCGAAACAAAAUCACUGUUGUUCACGAUGUACAAGGCUUCAAAAGCGACGUGCUUUGCAAGAUAAACAAACUCUGGACACAGAUGAUAUUACGGAAAAUGGAUUGAAUGCGAAUGAAUCGCUAAGUGAUGCAACAUAAACGCUAAAUACAGUCGUGCUUAUUGUGAUUUGUGUAUAUAUAUAUAUAAUGUUUUGUGCAAUUCUUUUAUAAAAUAAAACUGAUUUUUAAAAAUU